AUGAGCUCCUCCCUCGAGGCUAAAAUCGUUGUGCUAGGCUCCCAAGGAGUCGGCAAAACCUCUCUCGUCCAGCGCUAUGUAAAGAACGCCUUUAACCCCGCGACCAUCACGUCCACCGUCGGCGCCUCCUUCAUCACCAAGCGCGUCCUCGACACCACCUCCGAUACCAUCGUCCGUCUCCAGAUCUGGGACACGGCCGGCCAGGAGCGGUUCCGGAGUAUCUCGCGGCUGUACUACCGCGGCGCGAACGCGUGUCUGCUCUGCUAUGAUAUCACAGACGAGCAGAGUUUCGAGGAGAUGACGGGGUGGUUGCUGGAGCUGAAGAAGCAUCUGGCGGAGGAUGACCCGAUCGUGAUCCAUGUUGUCGGGACCAAGUCGGAUAUCGUUGCGCUGGAUCCGUCCCGCCGCAGGGUGCCGUUUGAGCGGACGAUUGCGUAUGUCGCUGAGCAGCUGUACCCGUCGCGGGCGUCGACGCCGCCGCCGACGGCGGGGAUGGGCUUAGGGUUUGGGACGUCGUCUAGUGCGCUGCAGAGCCCCGAUAGCAAGCGCAGUAGUGGGUUCUGGGGACAGGAUAUCGGCUGGGAUUGCUGCCACGAGAUUAGUGCCAAGGAUGGGGAGGGCAUCGAGGAAGUGUUUCGUGUGAUCACCCGGAAGCUGGUCGAGCAGCGGAAUAAGCGGGAGGCGGCGAAUAGCUCGUCGCAGGGAACGACGCCCGGGAUUGACGGGGUUGUUUCGUCUUUGGGGAAUAUCGAUGGGAACGGCAGUUUCCGGCUGGGUCAUGGUGAUAAGCGCAGGAGUUGGCUUGGGUUUCCGCCGAGCAGUACUGGUGACGAGGCUGAUGAGUUGAUGGAGAUCACAAAGAAGAAGGGGAGGUGCUGCUGA